CUGUCGGCGGCGGCUGUCGCGUAUACGCUUCCACGUAGGUGACAGGAGCGCGACAUAACCUGCACCCUUACCCGCGCGACUCACUCUCGCCUUUACUCCCCAGGCGGUCUCUUCGCGCGAAUUGAAGCGACUCGCCCGCGGUAGUUUACCUCGUCAAAAUGGUGUCCGUUUUAAAUACCGUCGACACCGGCCACGAGGACAUGAUCCACGAUGCGGAAAUGGAUUACUACGGUUUGAGGUUAGCCACUUGCUCGAGCGACAACUCGGUGAAGAUAUUCGACCUGAAGAACGGCACUCAGAGCCUGGUCGCCGUUCUCAAGGGACACAUCGGCCCCGUGUGGCAGGUCGCGUGGGCCCACCCGAAAUUCGGCAAUCUCCUGGCAUCUUGUAGCUACGACAGGAAAGUGAUUAUCUGGAAGGAACUGGGAGAGUGGACCAAAAUAUACGAGCAUACCGGUCACGAUUCCUCUGUCAACUCGGUCGCGUGGGCGCCGCACGAGUUCGGCCUGAUCCUGGCCUGCGGGAGUUCCGACGGAUCGGUCUCCAUCCUCGCAAACACCGGAGACACCUGGCAGAUGCAGAAGAUAACGAACGCUCAUACGAUCGGGUGCAACGCGGUCAGCUGGUGUCCAGCGGUCGAUUCGGGCGUCGAUCCUAACGUGAGUCAACAGAGGAGCGAUCCCGUCAAGCGGUUAGCCACUGGUGGUUGCGACAACUUAGUGAAGAUAUGGAAGGAGGACGGCGACAGAUGGAUCGAAGAGAAUAAACUGGAGGCGCACAGCGAUUGGGUUCGCGAUGUCGCCUGGGCACCGGCAGUCGGCCCAUCUCGAGCCGCUUUGGCGUCUUGCUCGCAAGAUCGCCGCGUCGUCGUGUGGACUUCCAACGAUUACGCCAGUUGGACACCGAACGUUCUCAACGUCUUCGACGACGUUAUCUGGAAUGUCAGCUGGUCGUUGACAGGCGGUAUCCUAGCGGUCAGCGGCGGGGAUAACAAAGUCUCGCUGUGGCGCGAAAAUUCCGAGGGACAGUGGGCGUGCAUCUCGGAAUUGAACAAAGAUCAGGGGAAUCUUAACAAUCCAGAUCAACGCGUGUUGUAAUAAUCGCUUCAACAUGUAAAAUAAUAUGCACAUAAGCGUUGUAAAUUAAUACGGUUUGUUUGAUAUCGAGUAUCUUUUAGCAAAUUUCAAAGUUAAUACGAGUUAUAUUUACGAAUUAGUAUAUUUGAUUAUCCAUAAGCAUUCGAAAUAUAAUAAUAGUGUUUAUCUGA